AUGAUAAAGAGUAUAAUAAGUUUAUUAAUGGUAUGUAUUAACUUAGUAACUGGUUAUGGUUGCAAAGGAGGUAGAUGCAAACCAAGAUAUAACCGAUGUUACGAUAAAGAUGAUUGUCAUCCUGGCAUCACAAUAAUAGAUGUUGAUAUUGACUAUAAUUGUGAGUCAAAAUGUGAACCAUGUGAAGAUCAAAAAUGUUCUGGAUUUGAUGAUAUUUUUGAUCUAAUAGAAGUUUAUACACAUAACACAGAAGAAUGCUUAUGUAAUAGUGUAUUAUCUUAUUUACAAGAGAUCAGAAUUGAAUCUUGUUUGUUGAUAAAUAAUUUUGCAUUAUCCGGAUUCCCUGAUCACACGGUAGAAUGGGCAAACCUUGAAUCACAAUUAGAACCUUUAAUUGGAGCUACAGAAGCAGCCAAAAUUGUUAAUCAAUUAUCAUCUACUGAGAAAAGAGUUACAGAAAGAGCACUUGAAGCAUUUAGAAAUUGUUUAUGUGCAGCUUAUGUUGAAAUUACAGGAUGUCAAGAAAUUAACAACGCUAAUGUAAAUGCUAAUGUUUUGUCAUCUAAUCUUCUUGCAAAACUUAAUCUUGCUUUUAAUGCUGCUUCAGGUGAGCUGGUAGAAACAAUAGCUGAUUUGACAGAAAUAUUAACAGACAUUGCACAAUGUUCAUUGGAUGGGGAAGCAUUGAGUUUGGCUGUGAACACAAUUACAGAAGUAGUUAGUGAUGAUAUUGAAUUUAUUACAGGUGAGUUAGCAACACUUAAAACAGAAUUAGAUGCUGUUGCACUUGUUGCCUUAAACAACUUACUUGAUGCUUAUGAAGAAUGUUUAGUUGAAUUACUAAAAAAUCUUACAUUAGCAUAUAACUCAGCAGCUGUUAAGAUUGGUAUUGUAGGAUGUGGUACUGCUACAACAAUAACAUUUCCAACUUCCACAUCAACUGUUUUCUCUACCACAACUUUAACUGAAACUGACACCGAAACAAUUACUAAUCCAGUAACAGUAACAGUUACCGAAACCAAUUUCACAUCUACUGUUGUAGAGACUGAAAGUACAACCGAAACACUUACCGAAACACUAGUAGUAACUAAUACCGUAACAGUUACAGUCACUGAGACAGAAGUUACAAGGAACAAUUUUAGACUUUUAUCAAGGUUACCAGGAGUUAACGUGUUUACUCAAGAAGUAGAUGAAUUAGAAUUGAAUUCAACACCAAUGACUAUUCGAGGUGAUUGA